CCGGUUUAGCUAAUUUGACGUCUUUUUCACCGUGAUUUUAUUAUUGAUACGUGUAAAUAUGGCAAAGAUUUUGCUGUUAUUUAUAGUUGGAUUUUACAUAGAUAAAAUCGACGCUGCCAUCCCGUGCCGCUCAGGUUGGCUCUCACAUGCCAAUAGCUGUUAUUUCUUCAGUCGAGACACACAGACAUGGAUCCUUGCUAAGAUGUAUUGUGAGGCUUUCCGAGGUCAUCUUGUCGAAAUUGAGACAGUCUUCGAAAACAGUUUUAUCCAGCACCAAAUCAACAAUCUGAACAAAUCGUUCUGGAUCGGGGCGAGUGACGUAGAAGUGGAGGGAGAAUGGAGAUGGGUAGGAACAGACACGACCAUGUCCUUCACACAUUGGAGAUUGAACGAGCCAGACAGUUAUGACCCUGAACAUGAAAAUUGUGUCGAUAUUAAAGCAGCCCCUGUUGAAGGAUGGAACGAUGAAAAUUGUAACGCUCAAUCAAACUACAUAUGUGAGGCUACAGAGGACACGGAAUUCGUCGUCGGUUAAAUGUGCAUGGGCUUAGGACUUCUGGUUAAAAAAUACCUCCUUAAGAUAAAUACAUCGUAUAAUAUUUUAAGAAAAAGUACCUCAUUUUAUAUACGUUCACACAUUUCUAGGGUGUUGCCGCUGGCUAUUUAGUUUUUUUUUUACAACGUUUGUGAAACAAUUUAUAUAAUAUUAUAUAAACCACUAUAUUUGGCAAUAAUUCUUGCUUCUUACUACCUACUUCAUGCGCGUAUUGUUAUUUUAAAGUAAAUAUUAAACGUUUCCUGUAUAUUGCCCGUCUAUAUUAUAGUUUGGUAUUGAUACUCAAGUUUAGUGGUAUCAGUAGAAAAUGCAUGACGAU